AUGGUUCAAAGCAGAGAUCUACCCUUUAUUAUUAACCUUGGCAAUAGCAUCAUUGGCGUUAGUGUCUUAGCCAUUCCGUUCUGCUUUCAUCAAUGUGGAAUUAUAUUAGGAUCGCUUUUGUUAUUUGUAAGCUCCCUGCUUACCCGCCUAUCGUGUGACAUCUUACUUCGGGCUGCCAAUUCGACGAAAAAAAGAACUUACGAAUAUUUAGCUCAUCACACAUUUGGAUCUGUUGGCAAAUCGUUAGUAGAAGUAAGCAUCAUUGGACUACUCUUCGGAACUUGCAUCGCAUUUCACGUUAUAGUUGGUGACUUGUCCCCUUCUAUUGUUUCUGUAUUAUUUGGAAUUGAGAAUACUCGAACUUUACGAGCGAUUGUCAUGGUUUCAUUAGCCAUUUGUGUCGCUCUACCAUUAUCCUUAAUGAGGAAUAUUCAGAGUCUUAGUGGUAUUAGCGCGGUGUCGUUGGGCUUCUAUUUGAUUUUUAUCUUGCAGAUUUUCUUGUCUUCAUUACCGAAUCUCAUUACUGGAGCUUUAACUCAAAUUCAUUUAUGGAAAUUCAGUGGUACCUUUCAUUGCUUACCGAUAUUUUUAAUGGCUUUCACCUGCCAAACACAAUUAUUUUUGGUUUAUGAAGCCCUGCCGGAACCCUCAAUUAAUGUGAUGUCAUCGAUUGUCAGUAGCGCUGUAAAUAUGGUAUCAAUAGUUUACUUUCUUGUUGGAUUUUUCGGUUAUACGGCGUUUUGCUUUGACGGUGUAAAAGGAGAUGUAUUGAUGAACUUCGGAAAUGGUGUAGUUUCUGCACUCAUAAAGCUUGGAUUUGUUUUGUCCAUUGUUGUUAGCUUUCCUCUAGCAAUAUUCCCAUGCCGAGCGAGUAUCAAUUCGUUAUUAGCAAAACAGUCUUCUAGUCAUGAUGCUUUAGGUAGCCCAAGUUUUAUUCCACACAACAGAUUUGUUGUAAUAACUGUUUGCAUUAUGACAAGCACAUUGAUUAUCGGUAUAUUAAUACCACAGGUUGAAAUUAUUCUAGCCCUAACCGGAGCUAUAAUGGGCACUCUAAUUUGUUACAUUGUACCUGGAGCUAUGUUCUUGCAUUUAACUCCCGCGGGUGCUAAGCAAAGACAAAUUGCGAAGAUCGUUCUCGUUAUUGGUCUCUUUUGCCUUGUUAUGAGUUCAUUCACCAUUAUCGGUCAGUUGGACGUAAAGAAAGCCCAGCCGAGAAUGCAAGUAGUCAACGUUAAAGAUAAACAAGAUAAGUCACAAAAUGAUGAUGGUUUAUUAAAUAAUCAAAUGGGAAAAGAUAACCAAAAAGCAAAUUUCAAUAAAGACUCGCAGAUGAUAGAUAAUAAUAUUAACAAGGCUCAGAAUAAUAAUCCACCCAAUAAUAAUAAAUUCCCAGGGAAAGACAAAAAUCAGGGAAAUCCUCCAGUUGUGGAUGGCAAUGAUGUCAAAAAGAGAGAUACCGCUAAUAAUCCCGAUGAUUCAAGUCAUCUAAAUAACGAAAAAAGUAAAAAGGAUAAGGAUUCUCCUAAAAAAGGCUUGUUAAACAAGGAAGAGACAAAAAAAGACGAUAAAAAGAGUUCAAAGUUUACCAAAGAUCAACCAAACGGAAAAAUUAGUAAGGCUGAGGCGGACAAGAAUUUAAAGAAAAAGACGAAAGAUGAUCAACGAUUAGAACCUAUAGCACCUGAAGACAGUGUAGAUGACAAUCAGAAAAAGAUGAUUAAAUCGCUAGAAAAAAAGGUUCAGGAUUUGAAAGAUCUCAAGAAAUCUGCGGAGAAGAGUAUUGAAAAAUCUGAAAAAUUUAUUGAAAAUCAGGAUAAAUCUGACAGUAGUAAAAAGGGCGUAGAUGGUGAUAAUCAUUUUCAGAAAGGGAAUAGAGUAGACAGUGAUAAUGAUGUUAAUCUAAAAUCAAGUAAAAAUAUCGAAUCCAGUGGCAAAAAUAUGAAAAAUGGUAACAGUAUUAAAGAUGAUAAAGUAGAGAUUAGCAACGGUGCAAAAGAUUUAGAGAGCGAUUCGAAAAAAACUAAUUUGCGUUCAGAUCAGUUGAAAAAACAAGAUAGUGGGUUAAAGCAAGAUGAUAAGGUCGAUACUAAAAUAAAUAACGGAAAAAAUGUAAAAAGUAAGAGUAACAAUAGUGAAAGAAAGGAUCAUCAAGUGUCGAAGAUGAACUCUGAUAAAGAAAAUGAAUCUAAUAACCAGUCAGAUAAGUCUGACAGUAAUGAUUUGGAUACAAACAAUAAAGGUUUAGAAAAAGUCGCUGACCCUCAGAGAUCUAAAUCAUCUGGUGAAUUGUCCAAGGACAAGGGUGACAAGGUAUCCAAGGCUAGUGAUAGCGCUAACCAUAAAUCUCAAAAGGCUAAACCGAAAGAUUCAUUAAAUGCUAAAGCUGGGGCUCAUGAAACAGACGGCUCCGCCGAUGGAAGUAAAACUAAGAGUGAAGAACAUCAUUUGAUCCAAAAGGAAAAGGAAUUAAAGCGAAAGGAAGUCGAACUUAAGGAUUUGCAACUUAAAUUGAAAGAGGUGGAACUGAGACUUGAAGAAAAGGCGAUUGAUGGAAAGAUUAAAGCAUUGCAGAAGAAAGCUGGAGAUCUUAAGAAAGAAAUUAUCAAGGAAACGGAAGACGAAAAGGUGGAUGGAAAGCUUAAAGAAUUGCAAAAGAUAACUGGAGAUCUUAAGAAGGAAAUUAAGAUCAAGAAAACGGAAGACGAAAAGGUUCAACAUCACGAAGCAUCUGGUAAAAAAAUGCUCAAAUCUAAAGCUGGCAUCACCGCCUAA